CGAUUUGCCCCAUCGGGUUAUUGUUGCGAUUGAACAUUCGAGAAGCGAGGAAAAUUUAUUGCUGAAGUUUUACUUUCGAUUUGUGUCUUCAUUACAACACUGACAUUUAGCAAGGAGUCUGCUAAGGCUUGCUGAAGAUUCAAUGCGUUGAGGUGCAGAAUUGAGAAAUUGUUGGCUAACUAAUUUGGCAAGAUAUCUUAACUAACUUAUCGGAUGAUAGAAGAUCGUGGACACGGUGUUAAACGGAAAUUAAGCGAUGUGGACGGAGACCUGCAGACCCGUUGCUACCAACGCCAAACUAUAUUUAAUAUCUCUGUCUGCAAGCUUCGGAAAAACUACUGCAGUGGAGAACCAUUGCUUAGUAAGACUGUUCUUAUUGCGAAUACAAUAAGGAUGAUUGAGGAGGAUAUGGCUGAAGAGAGAGGACAAAUCCCUCCAUAUUCAACUUCGAYUUCGUCCGAUGAAAACUUUGGCGCCCGAAUUGAGCACGAUGGUCGAAACCUUUUAACUCAACGAACUAGCGAUUCGGCCGCUAAACCUUUGGAUUUAAUGAAUUUUGAAGAAGAGCUAAACUUACUUGGGGAUAAGAUAGUUCGUGAGCUUGGACUUGACUURAGUGUCAGGAACUGUGAGCGAAAAUCUAGAAUCACAACUUGUUCCGAUGUGACGGACACAAACAACAAUGCAAGCAACGAAAGAACCGGCGAAUCGGACCGAGAGACCGUGAGUUGCAGCUCACUUUUAGGACUUGAAUUAACAGAUGAACUCGAAUUUGGAGACGUAGAUUUGUCAUUAUAUGAUUUUGAUUCAUGUGGAGCAACUACUUUGCCUUUGGAAGUAGAAGAGCUGUGUGCUGCCUGGGGACUCGCGGGCACUUUAACAACACGAUGCGGCAGUAGCUUSAAAAAAGAAAGGCCUGUGACAGAAGACGACUUGGACCAAGUCAUGCAAAUCCUCGUGGGCUCUUAGUUAAAGUUUAUUUCAGUUUAAAAUGCGAGAUAUCUCCCGAUAGUUUUUUCAAAAAUGCAACUUUUCGCUCGCUUAUGGSAUUUGAAUGGAUUCAAGCCGGCUUUGCUUUGAAGUUGUACCCUCAUCUGUAAUGAGCACACAUUUUUUUCUCAUGUUUUUCGKUACUUUUUUCAAAACUUCAUUUAAAAAAACUCCUCUUUUUCUUUGUUUUCAUAUGCUAAAAAGAUGAGAGACAUUAUUUAUAUUUCAAAAAGCUAGUCGUUCAUGUUAAUAAAUAUUUUAUGACUUUGAAAAUGGUCAGCRUAUAGGUGCGAGUUUUUUGCAUCAAAAUACGAACUUACAGCAUUUAAAAUAGACGAAAAAAUAUAGUUUAUUUAUCCCUAARAUAUUGUAGACAAGUUAUGUAGAAAUUGAGAAUUUUUUAAACUUAAUAUUGUAUAGAUAUUGUAAAAUAUAUAGCUAAUAACAAUCUAUUGAAACUUGAUGUACAGCAUUUACUGGCCAAAAUUUGGCAUUUUGGAAAUAUGRCUGCACGCUGCCGCUUAGAUUUUUACAUUGUUAUUCUUGUUGUAAAAAGGUAAUAUUUGUAAAGACAGAUCUCAUUUUUUAUCAAAACUAUGCAUAUUUACUAAUGGAUACAAAUAUUGUUCAUUAAAGAAAGUAAAUUUGA